AUGAUUACUUCCGAUCAGAUUGUACCCAGUCACCCUGAAGAGAAAGUGGAAGAUAUUACUGCAGUCCCUUCGAAAAAUCCCUCUGAUGGCUCUGAUAUCGAAGGCCAGGUAAAGAACAAGGGUGGUGAAGAUGAAGCCCUGAAGUUUUUGACUUCUCAAUCGAUUGUGAUUAGUGAAGCAGCCGAGAGAAGAGUUCGUCGCAAGAUCGAUCUUCAUGUUCUUACCUGGAUGUGCGGGCUGUACCUGCUUCAGUACCUCGACAAAACAGCCAUUGCUUUUGCUUCGUCCAUGGGAAUCAUCGCCGACACGAAGAUGAGCGCCAGUGAAUUCUCCACGGCCGGCUCUAUAUUCUUUGUCGGAUACCUGGUGUUCGAGUACCCACAUAACCGGCUGAUGCAGAGAUUCCCUCUUGGUAAAUACAUCUCAAUCUCUGUAAUGAUCUGGGGCAUGAUCCUCUCAGCCACAGCUGGAGUGCAUAAUGCUGCAGGCGUUCUAGCUACGCGAUUCUUCCUUGGUGGUCUCGAAGGCGCUGUUACCGCUGGGUUUGUCUUGAUGACAUCUCAGUGGUUUCCAUUAAAAGACCAAGCUCUCCGAAGCGCGAUUUGGUUCUCAUUUAAUGGAGUGUCGCAAAUUGUCGGAGGCGCUCUCGCUUACGGUGUCUCGCGCGGAUUCCAAGAAGGCCAUUACGCCGUUCCCUCGUGGAAAGGAAUGUUUCUGAUCACAGGCCUGCUGACGGCUGUAUAUGGCAUGUUAAUGUUUUGUUUCAUGGCCGACUCGCCUAUUACAGCUCGCUGGUUGUCUGAAGAAGAAAAGCAUAUCGCCGUGGAGAGGAUGCGGGGCAACCAGCAGGGUUUUGGCAGUAGAGUUUUUAAGUGGUAUCAGAUUCGUGAGGUUUUCACAGAUAUUCGCACAUAUCUCAUUUUCCUGUUUACUGUGACAGUGAAUAUCCCCAAUGGUGGAAUCAACCUAUUCUUCACAGAGCUCAUCGAAGGCUUUGGAUUCGACGCUCAGACAACCUUUCUCCUGUCUAUGCCCGGAGGCUUUGCUUUAAUAAUUUCGCUGCUAUCACUGUCGUAUAUCGCAACAAAGACCAACAACCGCAUGUUCUGCGCCGCCGCCGGCUUGCUUUUAGGCCUGCUUGGAGUGGCGAUCAUGAUGGGGCUUUCGCGUAAUGGAACCACUGCAUACCCCGUUGGCCAGUUGAUUGGGUACUACCUCGUAUUCGGAAACACCGCUACAGCACUUGUACUCAUCCUAUCCGUCAUAUCGUCGAAUACGGCCGGAUAUACGAAGAAGACGACUGUCAACGCUAUCGCGUUGAUUGGAUACAGCGUCGGCUUCCUAAUCGGGCCGCAGACGUACCGCGAUCCUCCGGCUUAUAUUGAUGCCAAAUGGACUAUUGUCGCCAUGUGGACUUCUGCGUUGCUCAUCUGCCUGACUUUGUACUAUAUUAACAAACGUGAGAACAGAAGACGUGACGAACUCGAUCUGCCGCCACAGCGGGCGGGGCAGGAAUUCCAGGAUUUCACUGAUAAGGAAAACUUGUACUUUAGAUACAGUCUUUGA